AUUGGGUGUAACAGAAAGAUAAGUUAUAAAAUCAAUGGGAAGGACAACAGCUGCAUCUUCAAUUUAUGUGUAUGUGGAUUCGUGAUGCGUCGCGGUCCGGCGCCCCCGCCACCGGCCCUCAUAUUUAUACGCUAAAGCGGGCGUUGCGAAGAGUUCAAACGUGCGUCGGGCGCUCAGAACAGUAGACGAUUGAAAAGCGAUUCGCACCGCGUGGGUAGACAAGGGCGAGUGCAGUGUGCAGUGCGUACGGGUCGAGUCUUGUGUCGCUGAAAGCUCGCCGCGAAGCCUCCAGCUCCCGAGAGCGGCGGCACCGCGCGAGCGCCCGCCUCCGCCGACCGCCUCGCGUCAGUGCCGGGCCGGCCGCGCCGCAGACACCACGCUCCGGGCUCCACGAGACGCUCCUCAGCCCAGCUGGACUCUAGUGAUAUAAACAUUUACCGACCUGCAAUUGAAGACCUCGAAAUUCGCACUGACACUCAGUUAUAGAGGCGACGGCAGAUGGAUCGGCGGUGCGCGGCGGGGGCGCUGCUCGCGCUGGCCGCCUGCAUCGCGACCACGGCAGCGGCACCUACAGCCAGUAACCAAACUGCAUUAGAUUUAUAUGAAGGAGCUUCGGAAGGAUGUUACUACAACUUCCAGCACUACGGGGAAGGUGAUCGUAUCAUGACAAACGAGCCCUGCCUUAACUGCACAUGCCACAACCGGAUGCUGAUGUGUUAUCUGAGGGUCUGCCCCUUCACGAAACCCAUCGGUCAAGACUGCUCGGUUGAAAAGCGCGCUGACCAGUGCUGCCCCAUCGUCACUUGCCCUGAUGUUCCAGUUGACCUACUCACCUCGACUUCGACGUCAUCUCCGUCUGAAUAUGGCGAGACUGGACUCGGCAAAUUGGACAGAUACGGCUGCAGCAUUAACGGGAAAUACUUCCCCGAGGGCUCCAAGGUGCCGCCUUCUCCGAACAAGCCGUGCGAACAUUGCUACUGCAUACGAAAUAUGACGACUUGUGUUAUGCAAGAAUGUACUCUUCACGUGGACGGCUGCACUCCAAUUUAUCGCAAAGAUGUGUGUUGUCCUGUUCGCUACUCGUGUGAUCACCCCGAGGAUGAAAUACCACUCUUGGACGAUAUGACCACCACGGUGCGACCUACGCCAGGAUUCCUCCUGACCACCACAACUCUUGCACCAGUAACACAAAUGACACAAGAUUGUGUGCACGAUGACAAAAUAUUUGCUGAUGGUGCAUUAAUAAAAACAGAAAAGGCUUGCGAACAUUGUUAUUGUAUGAAAGGUGACAUUGUAUGUGUAGUGCAAGAGUGUGGUACUCCUAUGGAGAAUGAGGGCAAAAAUUGCACCUCCAUGCCUCCACGUGAAGGCCAAUGCUGCCCUGAUACCUACAUCUGUGAAGGCGAUGAAAUGACUACUGAAAUGAGACCUGAUAUCGCAACUGUAACCCCCUUCGAGGAUAUAACUACGUUAUCUCCACCAAGAAGAGUUAAUGUAGAAGGCAGUGGAUAUAGAAGUGAAACAGAUGAGCCAUCGACCGAAGUUUCCCCAUUGGAGCCUGACACUGAGGGUAGUGGGGAAGAACAACCUUUUAAACCAACCUACGUCCCUGACAUGCUUCUUCCCGAAAGCGAAACCUCUCAUCCGUUAAUUGUAACUGAUCAAGAUGAAAUCCCAGACCAUUAUAGUCCAGGCACUACUGAAGUACCAGAAACGGAACCUAAAAUUACUGAAAAGACAACAACUGAGGCUGAUAAGGGAGAAAAUACUGUACCAAGCGGAGAUUCCGAAGAAGAAGAUAGUUCAGAUAAAACUUCACCUGAAACAACUACAACUAAGCUAGAAACAGAAAAAGAGUCCUCUUACGACGCGAAAACAACUGUAUUACCUGAAGGCGAGACUUUCCUAAAAGAAAAAACUACUCCUCAUGAAGAAAUAACAGUGACCGAACCUGCCAUCAUUGGGGAAUCAACUAUUGCUGAUCAUGAGUUACAUUCAUCUCCAGAUAGCAUAGUAGACCAAGACCAACUGGCUGAAACUACGAUACCCACCAGAAGGAAAGAAGAAGAUGAAAUGAUGCCCCAGGAAACAACAACACUGAAACAUUUCGAAGAAUCUACCACUAAAGCAAGUGACAUCAUAGUUCCGGAUGUUACUGUAACGGAAAGUACUACUUCGUCAUCCUUAGAACAAGAAAUUAAAACUACAACGUCGCAAUUAAUUAAAAAAGAAAAAGAAGUUAAAGAAACAACUACUGAGUCGUACGUGGAACUAACUACAGAACCUGAUGUUAUUAAGACACACACCCAAACUGCUACGACUAUACAACCUGAAAUUGCCACUGAGUUUACUAUUGCCAGCAAAGUUGACUUUUCUUAUACUACAUCUGCAAAUCCAAUUGAAAACGAAAUUGAUGAGGAAUUAUUCCCCACGUUGGCACCAGGUAGAAUACCCGGUGAAGGCGAUUGCUUGCUUGAUGGUGUCACUUAUAGUCAUGAGAGUAUUGUACCCAGUAGCAGUCAUUGUCACACCACUUGUAGGUGCGUCAGUAGCAUUGUUAAAUGUGAACCAAUCGUUUGUAGUCCACCACCAGACUAUAUGGAUAACUGUCAACCAAUGUAUGAUUCUCCUGAAUCUUGCUGUCCUACUUAUGUGUGUGACCAUCCAAGAGAAACGGUUCCACCUCAAUCACAUAGUCAGAUGGCAGGUACAGAAAGUCCUAUUCCUACACCUACAAUCGAAUGUGAUGGGGAUCAAUGCAAAACCGAUGAAGAUAAAAAAGAAGGUACACCAUCUAUACCGUGCACCUCUGAGAAUUGUGCCAGUGAUUCAUAUAAGAAGCCUGACGAAUGUGGAUCUCAGGGAUGCGGUGAAGUUGCCAAUAAGCCAGAAGAAGCUCGUCCAGCUAUACCGACAGACGAAUGUAACGGCGAUAUUUGUUCAUCAUCACCAGAACAUUGUGCCUCAGGUAAAUGUGAAACAGAAAUUCCAAAAGAUCACACGUGUAAUGAUGAACAUGGUUGUGAAAUUCCUGUCAUCCAAACAUGCCAAGGCGUUGAUUGCGCAACUCAACCUGAUGUUACGGGUCCUAAGGAAGCUUUCACGCCUUGUGAUAAUCCAAAUGGCUGUAAAGAUCAAACGUGUAAUAAUGAAAAUGGUUGUGAUAUUCCUGUUGUUCAAACAUGUCAAGGCGAUGAUUGCGCAAUCCAACCUGAUAUCACUGCUUCCAAGGAUGAAUCCACACAUUGUGAUAAUCCAGAUGGCUGUGAACAUGUCCAAAUUACCGAAAAAGCACCACCCUGCACAGGCGAAUCAUGCGUAUCUGAAUUACCACCUCAGAUACCCCAAGAUUCACAGGAUUGUAUGGAUGGCAGUGAUUGCAGUCAAAGUAAUCAGACUCCAAUUACUGGAGAAUGCAAUGAAGAAGAAUGUAAAACACAACAAGUUCCAGAAAUUAAUGAACCUCCUCGUGAUUGUAUUGGCACUAAAUGCAUACAAGAACAAGAUCAUGUACCACACAUAACUGAUAUACCAGAGCGUAGUACAGAAUCUGUACCAAGAGUAACUGAAUUACCUGAAGAACCAAAAACCAAAUCUGAGGAACCAGUUACCGAGUUACCAAAGACAACUGCUAUCGAAAAAGAAAUUGAAACGAGUGCGAUCACCAAACCAUCACCACCACCACCAGAAAAGGGCGAGGAAUCAGAUACAACUCCACAAUACGAUGAAAUUGAUGAUGACAAAGAAAAAGAAACUACUUCAACUAUUUCUAAGAGCCCUGAAAUUGUAACCCAGACAACAGAGGGUCAUCAGGAAGAGGUCAUUACUGAAAGUGCCAACAAAGAAACAACAAUGGUUUCAUUCGAUAUCACCAAGGUAAAAGAAAUAUUACCAGAAGAAACCACAGUAUUAUCAGAAGUUCCAACGACAGAAAUACCAAGCUUAUCUGAUAAGGAUACGAAAGAAACAGUUACAGAAUUGCCAAGCUUGUCUGGAACUGAGUUGCCAGAACCAACAUUAAUACCAAUCAGUGAUAAAGAGUCUGAAGUUCCAGAAGAUGCUGCUAAAGAUAAGGACACUAUUGAUAUUACCACAACCGAGGGAACAACUCAAAGUAGCUCUCCCAAGAUAACCGAGGAAACCACUAAAUCACCAGAGAUGUUAACACUGGCUCCUGAAAUCCUAGAUAGAGAUGGCCACGCAAAACCAACGAAGGAACCAGAAUAUGUCCAAGACACUGAAGAAACAAUAACCGAGACUACUGAACAUUAUACAUCUGCACCUGAACAAAUAACUGAAAAGGUUGGGGUAGAACCAAUCCAAGAACAAGAGUCACAAGGUACGCCAACGACACCAAAAACUUAUGAAGAUCAAACAACUGCUCCGGAAAUUCUCGUAACAGCAUCUCCUGAGCCACAAAGCACUUCAACACAAGAUGAAGACAUAAAAUUACCAGAACUGCCACUAUCUACAUCAACACCUGAAGAGCUUGUCACCAGUAAACCUCACGGUACUAAGCAGACUACCGGUGAUAUAUCAUUACCAGAUACUACGGAAAUAGCAGAAACUCCAGUCUCAGAGUUAGUUGUUGAUGAAAUUACGUCUAAACCAGAAGACCAUGACCUCUCUGAAAAUGUUACUCCAGGUGGUGAUGAAAUAACAAAGGCUCCAGCUCGUGAAAUCACUGGUGAACCUGAAAGUCCAACUGAGACGCCUAAACCGUUUAUUACAUUACCUCAAGAAACGUCUGCUGAAGAAUCUGACGAAGACAAAAACGCCGAAACUCCGCCACCUGUUAUAGUAGACAUUCAAACGCAAACCCCUAUGUCCAUUGUGAAAGACCACGGUGACGAUGAAUUUGGCAGCACAGUUACACCUGAACCAGCAAUAACCACUGAACAUAUAUUGGAAUCAGAAUCACCGGACUCCUCGCAAUCACCGCAGCCAACAAGCAUGCCUGCUAAAAAACCAUCGGAAGAGUCUGCAUCCGAUGUUGGAAAGAUGCCUACUGUGAGUGAUGAAGAUUAUUCGGCUAAAUCUACAGAAUCACCUGCAGAUAAGUUGGUUACAUCAGCUGUCGCUGAAGAUGUACUCCCAACAGAAAAACCUGUGGAUGAUUCAUAUAAAACAUCUCCUGAAACGGAAACUAGUACUGGGUCUUCGCCAGUAUCAAUACCAAUUGUCAAUGAACAAAUAAGCUCGGAACCUUCUGUGACAGAAGCUAAUCUCCAAGAGUCUAGUUCCCCACAAGAAGAAACAAGUGACAAUAUGGAAACUAAAUCGCCUACCUCCGUACCGGAGAGCUCAGUACAGUCAACCACUGAAGGAGGAGAUAUCAUUACUUCAUCUCAGGAACAAUCGACCGAUAAUGAAGAUGUUACUGAACUACCAGAAUUAAUAGUUCAUGAACACCCGACGGAAUCAUCUUCAAUUGAAAAAGAAUCUGAGCAACCUGUGACCGAAGAGGCUGCUACUAAAGAACCACAGGAAAUUAUACCGGAAACAGUAACGUCUGACGUACCUAUACCACAGGGUGCUCUAACUAUUACUCCAGAAAUACCAGAAAGCGUAUCACAAACUGAGAAACCGGAUCAAGAAUCUAUUACAAAAGCACCGGAAAUCAUCCAACCAGAAACUACAGAAUCUAAACUAGAUGAGGAAUUGUCUCACAUCCCUGAAUCAUCCUCUACUGAAGCACAAAAAGAAGAAAUAGAAACACCAGCGACACAAGUUACUAUUACUAGUGCUCCUAAGGUAUCGGAAACGGAACCGCAAGAAUUAAUAACAGAUUCGCAACCUUCUGUAACAGAAACAGACUUGUUUGUAACUCAACCUCACAAAGAUACUACAGAAGCUCCAGAAUCAAACGAUAUGGUUACCAAGUCCUCCGAUUCUUCUGAAACUAACUCAGAAUCUCAAAAAGAAUCUCCAGCUAUGCCUGAAGAACCGGAAAUACAAUCCCACACGGAAACAACAAAAACACAAGAUGUUACAACAACUGUUCCAGAAGUAUCUUUAACGGAGUCACACAAAGAAUCUACAGAAACUCCAAAAUCACAAGAUACUGCAACGAAGGAGGUAGAUAUAUCUCCAGACAAAUCAGAUCAGGAAACUACAGAAGAACCUAAGCCUCAUGAUGCGGUUACCAGCGCACCAGAAGUAUCUGAAACGGAAACACAAGGAGAAAUCACGAAAGCUCCAGAAGUAACAGAUGUGGCCACUGAAGUACCUGAGACACCAGAAAUGGGAUCCAAAGACGAAACAACCGAAGCUCCUGUGGUACAGGAUCUAACAACCAGCCUUCCUGAACUACCUAUUACAGAAACAGUACCUAUAGAAGAUACAAAGAUUCCUAUGAUAGAAGAAAUGGUAACGGUUCUUCCCGAAAUGUCUGGUACUGUACCUUCAAUAGAUGGUGCAGAAGGUCCAACACAUGAUGAUACUUCAAGUGACGUUCCAGAGGUACAUGCAACUGGACCUCAAAAGGAAGUAACUCAUGCUGCAGCAACAGAAGAUACGGUAACGAACGUUCCAGAGACUUUUACGGAGUCCCACCAACAUACACAAGCACCUGAAUCUCAGGAUACUGCGACAAGCUCCCCUGAAUUACCAGAAACAAAACCAAAGACGGAAUCGACUGGAGCUCCUGAGUUACAAGAAACUAGUUCAACCAUUCCCGAAACAUCAACUGAACCGAAGAAGGAGAUUACAGAGCUACCAGAAACCCAAGGAAUAACAGACACGCCAGAAAUUUCAGCUGAUACUACAGCUCCUGAAACUGAACCGAAGAAGGAGGUUACAGAGCUUCCAGAAACCCAGGGUAUAACAGAUGUGCCAGAAAUUUCAGCCGAUACUACAGCUCCUGAAACUGAACCGAAGAAGGAGAUUACAGAGAUACCAGAAACCCAAGGAAUUACAGAUGUGCCAGAAACUUCAGCUGAUACUACAGCUCCUGAAACUGAACCAAAGAACGAGAUUACAGAGCUACCAGAAACCCAAGGAAAUACAGAUGCGCCAGAAACUUCAGCUGAUACUACAGCUCCUGAAACUGAACCGAAGAAGGAGAUAACAGAGCUACCAGAAACCCAAGGAAUAACAGAUGCACCAGAAAUAUCAGCUGAUACUACAGCUCCUGAAACUGGACUGAAGAAGGAGAUUACAGAGCUACCAGAAACCCAAGGAAUUACAGAUAUACCAGAAAUUUCAGCAGAUACUACUACUCAUGAAACUGAACUGAAGAAGGAGAUUACAGAGCUACCAGAAACCCAAGGAAUUACAGAUAUACCAGAAAUUUCAGCAGAUACUACUACUCAUGAAACUGAACUGAAGAAGGAGAUUACAGAGCUACCAGAAACCCAAGAAAUUACAGAUAAGCCAGAAAUUUCAGCUCAUACUAAAGCUCCUGAAACUGAACCGGAGAAGGAGAUUACAGAGCUACCAGAAACCCAAGGAAUUACAGAUGCGCCAGAUAUUUCAGCUGUCACUAAAGUUCCUGAAACUGAGCCAAAGAAGGAGAUGACAGAGCUACCAGAAACCCAAGUAAUUACGGAUGCACCAGAAAUUUCAGCCGAUACUGAAGUUCCUGAGACUGAACCCAAGAAGGAGAUUACAGAGCUACCAGAAACCCAAGGCAUUACAGAGGUACCAGAAAUUUCAUCUGAUACUAAAACUCCUGAAAAAUCUGACAUGGCAUCCCCAGAGGAAGUAACAAAGACCCAAGAAACACAAACAGUGGCAACGAAUGCGCCAGUUUCUGAAACGGAAGUGACAGAAACACCAGAAUCAUUAGAAAAAACCGCAACAGAGCCACACGAUGUACCAACAGAACCAUCAGAUGUAUUGGAAUCUCAAAAACCGGCGACCGAAUUACCUGAAAUUUCAUCUGAGUUGGAUAAUGCUCCCGAAAUAUUAGCAACAGAAUCUGAUAAGGAAAUAACCGAAGCGCCAAAGCAAGAAUUUACAACUAAGAUGCCAGAACCAUUAGAGACUGAGCCAGCACCAGAAAAAUCUUCCAUCACGGAAAAGGACGAGUCAGUCACAGACUCGCCGAUAAAAAUAACAACUACUCCCACUGAAUCAUCAAAACUCGAAACAGAAACACUACUUACUACGGAAGUCGGAUCAACUACUGAAUCAGAUAAAAAGAUUACAGAGUCACAGGCAACUGAACAUCCAGUCAAAGUUGCAGAUUCAGAUUCUGAAACAGAAAAACCCCAUGAAGUAGUAGGAAUUGAAACGGAAAUUCCAUUCGUGGAACCCGCACAGACUGAAUCACCUGUUUCUGGAUCCAUUGAAUCCGAAACUAAAGCACCUGAAUUUGUUGAUACUGAAUUGGGUGCAACAGUACCACAAGAAUUACCUGUGACAGAAAAGCAAGAUUCAAGGCGAACCGAGCCAACAAGUGCUCCAGUUGAAGAAGAUGUUACCAAAGCUCCAGAAACUUUAGAAACGCCCGAGAAAACAACAAUAGUACCCGAAGAGGUAGAGCAAACGACAAAAGAAGAAUAUACAGAAACAACGCCAGACUUAGUAUUAUUAGAAGAACAUACGCAUAAGACUGUAUCCCCUGAUGUAGAAGCAAUUACUAGUCCUUCCGACAUACCAUUAAAGGAAUAUGAACCAUCGACAUCUGAAAUAUCCAUAGAAAAGGUAACUGAGUCUGUCUUGAGUACGGAAUCAGAAAAGUCACCGCAAGAAGACGUGGUAUCCGACAAGGAUCAAAGUGUACCAGAAGUGAAAGAAACUACGAUACCUGAAAAAUCAACGGAGCCUUUACCUGGGUCUGAGGAAAUCACCACGAUAUCUCCUUUGCCUGAAUCUGUCGAUACUGGAAAACCACAUAUUGAAGAAUCUAAUGAAAUUUCUACAUCUGCACCCACGGCAGCUGAACAACCGACGGAAACUGAGAAGCCAUUAGUAACAAGCGUUGAGUCUGAAUCAGAUAAACCACAAGAAACUAUUACACCUGAAGAAGAAUUUAUUUUAGCAACCACCAAAGCCACAACUAUAAAAGCAGCAGAACAAUCCACGACACUUUCACCGUUACUUGAUAAAUUCGGCAAACCUGACGAUGAAGCGCAAAAACCGGCAGCUGAACCUGAAAAAUCACAACCUGAUGUUACUGAAGAAUUACCGAAACCUGGAGCCAAUGAAGUGCAACCCACGGAAGAGGCAUUACCACCUGAAGAAGAAAGCCAUUUCCCACCGAGCGGGACAAGUGGUUAUGGACAAGAGCCUGAUUACGGAGAAGAAGAUUCCUUCGGUCCUGGUACUUGUCGAUAUGGUGGAAAAGUAUACGUAUCUGCGCAGCAAAUACCAAGAGACGAUCCUUGCGAUUUCUGCUUCUGCUUUAGAAGUGACAUUAUUUGCCUACAGCAAAGUUGUCCUCCUCCAAUUCAUGGCUGUCAUGAAGAACCUAUCCAAGGAUUCUGUUGUCCUCGAUACGAAUGCCCAGUGUCCAUGGCGACUACUCUCAACGUUACGACAACAACGACAACGACGACGACAACGUUGCCACCACACUUCCUACCUCACGCCUACAAGGGGGCUGCGCAGAGAAGAGGCUGUCAAAUAAAGGGACACACCUACAAAGUGGGAGAAGUCGUGCGAGCAUCAUCAGGACCAUGUUUACAUUGCACAUGUGGAGGAGACGGUCAAAUGAAGUGCGAUCCCAAGGUGUGUACGCCAGAGCCCAUGCUCAGACAGAUGAUCGCCGCGGCGGUGUCCGCAAAGCGACGAAGGUGAAAUACCCCCGAGAGAUGACUCAUUCGCCUGCGACGUCACUAGGGUUAAGGACCUAUGUGAUAAUACUUCCAUCUACUCUUCUAUGCACAAGAAUAAUGCUCAAAUUAUCCCGAAGGAAGGAGUAGUAUAAGAUUUCGUGUCAUAUAUGGUAAUUUUUUAACUUUCAUAAAGUCAUGGCACGCACAACUCAAUAAUACUUGACUGUGAUUAAAAUAUUGAAUUAGAUUUUUCUAAAUCUAAAUUGUUAGUGUUUUCGGGUCUUCAUUAUUAAGGCUAAUUUAUUAUUAUUAUUUAUCUUUUCAUUAACAAAAGUCAGUGCCAAACGAUAGUGCUAAGUUGUAAUCGACUAUGCCUUUAUGAUUUCA